CGUGCGUGCUCGCGCUGGUUUCAGGGAGCUCAGACCGUCAGGACGGGGGGAAACGGAGGAAAGAGAAAGGGAAAACAGAAUGAAACCGCUUCCGAGACCGGAACAACAAUAAUUGAAGGAAACACUCAAAAUAUAAGACUAUUUUAAAGCUAGAUUGUGGAAUGAGGGCAUUCUAAACCAGCAUCUUACAGCUUACAUUGAGAGAACAAGGAGAGGAGUCUGAACCGUUUUAUGUAGAUGCAAGUGGAUAAUUGAGACAAGGGAAGAGGAAAGACGUGGAAAUUACACACAACGACCCUCUCUAGGGACGGAAACUGCAUAGUCAGUGAAGAAAAGGGCACUGCCACACAUUUGGCCACGUUUCUUUUCAUUUUACGCAUUGCCUUACCAUUCAACCUGACCCAAACAGAGACAUCGCUCCGUUCUUGACCACCCCUGUCUAAUUCAUGGUGCUAUUGUGAUUUUUCUCCCCUCCAUUUUUAUUGGGCGACUGUGUUUGCAAGGAUGCCGGAUCAGAUCUCCGUGUCCGAGUUUCUCUCGGAGACGACGGAGGAUUACAAUUCCCCCACGACAUCAAGCUUCACCACCCGCUUGCAGAGCUGUCGGAACACGGUCAAUGUUCUGGAAGAGGCUUUGGACCAGGACCGAACAGCUUUACAAAAGGUCAAGAAAUCUGUCAAAGCAAUCUACAACUCGGGUCAAGAGCAUGUGCAGAAUGAAGAGAAUUACGGGCAGGCACUGGACAAGUUUGGCAGCAACUUCAUCAGCCGAGAUAGCUCUGAUCUGGGAACAGCCUUCAUCAAGUUCUCUGGCCUUAUCAAGGAACUGGCCGCUCUCCUCAAGAACCUGCUCCAGAGUCUCAGCCACAAUGUCAUCUUCACCCUGGACUCUCUGCUCAAAGGAGAUCUAAAGGGAGUGAAGGGGGAUCUUAAAAAGCCUUUCGACAAGGCCUGGAAAGACUAUGAGACCAAGUUCACAAAGAUUGAGAAGGAGAAGAGGGAACAUGCCAAGCAGCACGGCAUGAUCCGUACAGAGAUCACCGGCGCAGAGAUCGCAGAGGAGAUGGAGAAGGAACGGAGGAUCUUUCAACUGCAGAUGUGUGAGUACCUGAUCAAAGUGAACGAGAUUAAGACCAAGAAGGGAGUGGAUCUCCUCCAGAAUCUCAUCAAGUAUUAUCAUGCACAGUGCAAUUUUUUCCAGGAUGGCUUGAAAACUGCUGACAAGUUGAAGCAGUAUAUAGAAAAAUUAGCAGCUGAUCUCUAUAAUAUAAAACAGACCCAGGACGAAGAGAAAAAACAGCUCACAGCUCUCAGAGACCUCAUUAAAUCGUCUUUACAACUGGACCAGAAAGAGUCUAGGAGAAUUAUGGCAGUUUUUUUUGAUGAUGUGCAGGAUUCUCAGAGCAAGCAGAGCGGGUACAGUAUGCACCAGCUACAGGGCAAUAAGGAGUUUGGCAGUGAGAAGAAGGGCUAUCUGUUUAAGAAGAGUGAUGGGAUCCGCAAAGUGUGGCAGAGGAGGAAGUGCUCAGUGAAAAAUGGCAUUCUCACCAUCUCCCAUGCCACAUCCAACAGGCAGCCGGUGAGAUUGAAUCUGCUGACCUGCCAGGUUAAACCCAGCGGAGAGGAUAAGAAGUGCUUUGACCUCAUCUCCCAUAAUCGAACAUAUCAUUUCCAGGCAGAGGAUGAACAGGAGUUUGUGAUAUGGAUCUCAGUGCUGACUAACAGUAAGGAGGAGGCUCUGAACAUGGCGUUCCGUGGGGAGCAGAGUGCUGGAGAUGACAGUUUGGAAGACCUGACCAAAACCAUCAUCGAGGACGUGCUGCGCAUGCCUGGAAACGAAGUCUGCUGCGACUGUGGUGCACCAGAGCCUAAAUGGUUAUCCACUAACCUGGGCAUCCUGACAUGCAUAGAGUGUUCUGGGAUUCACAGGGAAAUGGGAGUCCAUAUUUCACGCAUCCAGUCCAUGGAACUCGACAAACUCGGCACUUCUGAACUCUUGUUGGCUAAGAAUGUGGGUAACAGCAGUUUUAAUGAAAUAUUAGAAGGGAUUCUGCCGAGUCCUUCGCCAAAGCCAACACCAUCAAGUGACAUGACCGAGAGGAAGGAGUACAUAAACGCGAAGUAUGUGGAGCACAGGUUUGCUCGGAGGACAGCCACUACAGCUACAGCCAGACAGGGCGACUUGUACGAGGCCGUGAGAACUCGAGACCUGAUGGCUCUUAUUCAGCUCUAUGCAGAUGGAGUAGAGCUAAUGGAUCCAUUUCCAGAAGCAGGACGGGACCCGGGAGAGACAGCGCUGCACUUUGCUGUGCGGACAUCAGACCAGACCUCGCUGCACCUGGUGGACUUUCUCGUCCAAAACAGUGGAACUCUAGACAGACAGACGGAUAGUGGAAACGCUGCUCUCCAUUACAGCUGCACAUAUGAGAAGGCAGAGUGUCUCAAACUGCUGCUCAGGGGAAAACCAUCUAUUGACUUGGUGAAUCAAAAUGGGGAGACGGCUUUGGACAUUGCCAGACGACUGAAAAAUGCACAGUGUGAAGAGCUACUGGUGGAGGCAGCAACCGGGAGGUUUAAUCCUCAUGUGCAUGUGGAGUAUGAGUGGAAUCUGCGGCUGGAGGAGAUCGACGAGAGUGACGAUGACCUAGAUGACAAGCCCAGUCCAGUGAAGAAAGAGCGUUCUCCCCGACCUCAGAGCUUCUGUCAUUCCUCAAGUGUGUCCCCUCAGGAGAAGCUGUCUUUGCCGGGGUAUUUAGGACACAGGGACAAACAGCGACUCUCUUACGGAGCCUUUGCCAAUCCCGUCUACAGCACCUCCACUGAUACACCUGUGUCUCCAGUAUCAGAGGGGCCCACAAUAGCCAGCAAGACCACUUCAAAAGCUCCGUCCACUGGACCGCCCACCUCCCUGCCGCUGGGAUCACAAUCGAGUGCAGGAGGCAGCUCCACUCUGUCUAAGAAGAGAGCGCCUCCUCCACCUCCCGGACACAAGCGUACCCUCUCAGACCCCCCCAGCCCUGUACUUCAGGGCCCGCAGAGCAAAGGAAGUGAGUCCACACCUCCUUCUGCAAAUCGGACGUCCCCGGCCAAUAAGUUUGAGGGAAUUCAGCAGCAGCAAAGCACUACUUCUAUGAACACAAAAGCAACAUUUGGCCCACGAGUUCUUCCCAAACUACCUCAAAAAGUGGCACUACGAAAGAUUGACACAAUCCACCUCCCCUCAGUGGACAAGUCCGGUCCUGAUGUGCUGCAGAAACCCCCACAGGCCCAGGACACUCCUCCCACCAGAGCUUCAGAUACAAUAACUAGACCCACUGAGCCGCCACCUAAAAUCCCACAACCUGCAGAACGCUCCCAACCUGUGGAGGUGCCGCAGAAACCACAUAUCUCAGACCUUCCCCCCAAGCCACAGCUAUCUGAUCUUCCCCCAAAACCACAAUUGCCGGAUUUACCUCCCAAACCUCAGCUUUCUGACCUGCCCCCGAAACCUCAGCUUAAGGAUCUUCCCCCUAAGCCGCAGCUCUCUGACCUCCCAUCCAAGCCUACGAUGUCUUCAGCAGCUGAGACCACACAGAGGCAAACAUCGCAGGAGGAAACAAGUCCCAAGCCCCAGCUGACAGAGGUGCAGUCAUCCAGUCAGCAGGAGCAGCUCUCUCCAAGACAGGCCAGUGAGCACACUAAUGGUGCACCUGCAGGAGCUGUGGAAAUGCCAGUCCCGAUGCCACGGAAAAUAAACACAGUGGGCAAGAACAAAGUAAGGCGUGUGAAAACCAUCUACGAUUGCCAAGCGGAUAAUGACGAUGAGUUGACUUUUGUGGAGGGGGAGGUUAUAAUUGUUACAGGAGAGGAAGACCAGGAGUGGUGGAUCGGGCACAUAGAGGGGAAGCCUGAACGGAAAGGGGUCUUCCCAAUGUCCUUCGUGCACAUUCUGUCAGACUGACAGCGUAUAAGCGGCAGCCGAGAGGCUCUCUAACUAGCACAAGCUCCGCUCUCUCUGGCCUCACACUGGACUGUGGGCAUUGCCUCUGUACAUAGCUGCUGAAACCCAAACAGUCUCCAAACCAUCGAAACAUGAAGUAUCAAACCCAUGCUCCCUUAAUCCUCAAGGGUAAAAUGUGUAAAUUAUGUGUUGUUCAUAAACUGUGUUAUACUGCCUACCAGUAUUAUCGUAGCCAUGGCAGCCCAGCAUGCCAAACUGGGUUUGCAGUAGCUAUACUUGGAAAUCUAGCACUUAACAUGUAUGCUGUAACUUUGUUUAUGUGUACACAUAUAGAAUUAUAUGUAUGUCCAUUUUAAGUGUGUCUUUGUACAUACAUAUGCACAGAUGUAAGUGUAUAUUUAUGUACGUAUAUGUAUAAUGUACAAGUGUGCAAAUGUGUUAACCCUGCUUGCUUAUGGAGCCAGAGUGACUAGACAUUUUAGUGUACUGUUUUAAAAGAAAAAAAGAUCAAGGCGUAAAUGAUGAGCAAGAAUACUUAAAUACUAUACAAGUGUUGAAAUUCCCAGCAUAGUGGGAUUCUGGUCAGGGAUCAAAACCAAAAUGUAAAGGUUUGAACAUCUCAUCUGCUCUACAUGAACAAUAAAAAUAUGCAUUCACACGGUUUGCUUCACUCACAAAAAAAAAAACAACAGAAAUCAUCUUUAUCCUGAAUUCCUCAGUGAGUAGGAGACCAAUUUACAGCCCUAGAAAUUGCUGGUGCAAUGCUACCACUUUCUACCAGUAUGUUCAUAUGGCGGUUGUAUCCAAGGAUGUUACCACACAUAACCAGUAAUAAUUUAAGAAUGAACCACUGAAGAGCUCAUAUCGGUCAAACAUUUCAGUGUCUAUUGUGGUUGCGGCCUUGGUUGCAUCAGUGGGACCGCUUCAUUCCUUCCCCAUUGUCGUUUUAUGCCAAAUCUGACAAAACCGAUGCCUCAGCUCUGGGAAAGUGUCCUUGUCGAUAUUCUUUUAUUAGAUCAUACAACAGCGUACCUUAUUCAUUUGGUCUCUGGUUAUCAGUCAUGAAUCAUGCAUAAUUUCUAAAGCUUCACUCGUACAUGGAUCUGACUAGUCAAACGUUGUUGGCUUUGUAUAAAAAUGGAUAUAUGUUGAGCAGAACACAAUCUGUUAAAGGUUGCUUAGGAGGAGUUUUGCUGUUUGCUUACAGUGACUGUGGAAUGUGAUUUCUUUCGGUUUGUUUUGUUCAUUUACUUUGAAAUGAGCUGCAAGGGGACCCGGCAGUGAGUGACUGAUUCGGUAGGACUCAGAAUGAACUAAUCCUGCCUCUUUUCUCGUUACCCUAUCAGGGAGACCAGCAUUCACUCUUUGUUUUUAACUGUUAUUGUAUUAACAAUAUGAUGUAAGAUGUAUUAAUGAAUGCCACCUGUACUAUAUUUGAUGAUGAUAGUAUUUGACAUUUAUAGGGCUAAAGUGUUUCAGCAUGGAGAGGGAUGGAACCUUCAAGUGUAGUUUAUUAUGGGUUUUGUUUCUCUGUUUUAGUUCAUGUUACGAUUAAAUAAUAUCAACUAAGGAAUAAAUAACGGGAAUUCAGCACAAAGAACAUCUGCUCCGUGAACAAGACAAAACAACUUCAUGAUUGUGGUAUAAAGUUGUGGACGCACCAUUCCUGGACUGUUUUGUUUAGACCCCAUUGAUGAGCCCACUGUUGGACCACGUCUAUCUGCUUAGAAGUUCAAUCCAGCACAACUCCAGAUCGUGGAUUCUUGUGUUGCUAAUAUUGUAGCAUAAUAAAGUCUGGAAACAGUCAAAAGGACAACUUCACAUUUAAGUGAAUAAACUGGAUUCAGUCCUAAUGUUAAAUUUAGGAUGAAUUUUGCCACUCUCUCACCUUUUUUUUCUGUGUUUGCUGCACUGUAAGUUCAGUCAGAAAGAAAAUCAAACUUGGAUAUCAAGUCUUCGAAUCUUAAAAUAAAGACUUUACGUUGAAACCA